CACCCGCGGGCAGCUCCGCGGGGCGCUGCUGCGGCCGCCAGGACCCGCCUCCGCCGCGCCGAGGGGCUGCCGGCGGGCUCCCGGGGCCGGGCCGGGCUGGGCUGUCCUGUCCUCCGCCGGAGCCGAGGAGCCGCCGAUGUGGGGCUGCCGCCGCCGCGGCUGCCCGCAGGGCCGGCACUGCCGAGUAUGUAUGACCAAUUGCCCUACGCUGAUUGUCAUGGUGGGUCUCCCAGCAAGAGGAAAAACCUACAUCUCGAAGAAGCUCACACGCUAUUUAAAUUGGAUUGGAGUGCCUACAAAAGAAUUUAAUGUUGGUCAGUAUCGUCGAGAUUUGGUGAAAAAGUAUAAAUCCUUUGAAUUCUUCCUGCCUGACAAUGAAGAAGGCUUGAAAAUCAGGAAACAGUGUGCCUUAGCAGCGCUGAAUGACGUCCGACAGUACCUCAGUGAAGAAAACGGGCACGUGGCAGUCUUUGAUGCUACAAACACAACUCGAGAACGCAGAGAAACUAUUUACAAAUUUGGUGAAGAAAAUGGAUAUAAGACUUUUUUUGUUGAGUCAGUAUGUGUAGAUCCAGAGGUCAUUGCUGCAAACAUUGUGCAAGUGAAGCUGGGUAGUCCUGACUAUGUUGAUUGUAGUAAUGAUGAAGCAACGGAAGACUUCAUGAAAAGAAUAGAGUGCUACAAAAACUCAUAUGAGACAUUAGAUGAAACUCUUGACAAGGAUCUUUCUUAUAUUAAAAUUAUGGAUGUCGGAAGGAGUUACCUUGUGAACAGAGUAAUGGAUCACAUUCAGAGCCGGAUUGUCUACUACCUCAUGAAUAUCCAUGUGACUCCUCGAUCAAUCUACCUCUGUCGACAUGGAGAAAGUGAACUCAAUCUGAAAGGGAGAAUAGGAGGAGAUCCUGGACUGUCUGUCAGGGGGAAAGAAUUUGCCAAAAGCUUGGCACAGUUUAUUAACGAGCAGAAUAUCAAAGAUCUGAAAGUUUGGACCAGCCAGAUGAAAAGGACAAUUCAGACUGCUGAAGCCUUGGGAGUGCCUUAUGAGCAGUGGAAGGUUUUGAAUGAGAUAGAUGCAGGAGUGUGUGAAGAAAUGACAUAUGAAGAAAUACAGGAAAAUUAUCCCCUUGAAUUUGCACUGAGAGACCAAGACAAAUACAGAUACAGAUACCCUAAAGGAGAGUCCUAUGAAGAUCUUGUUCAGAGACUGGAGCCAGUAAUUAUGGAACUUGAAAGGCAGGAAAAUGUGCUUGUCAUCUGUCACCAAGCUGUCAUGCGAUGUUUGCUUGCAUAUUUUCUUGACAAGCCUGCAGAACAGCUGCCUUACCUGAAGUGCCCGCUGCAUACUGUCUUAAAGCUAACCCCGGUGGCUUAUGGAUGUAAAAUAGAAUCUUUAUUCCUGAAUGUUGAAGCUGUAAACACACACAGAGAUAAACCUGAGAAUGUAGACAUUUCCAGACCUCCUGAGGACGCUCUUGUAACAGUCCCUGCUCAUCAGUGAAUCCUGUGUGCUGAUCAACUAUCGAACUUGGGAAUGUAGGUGUGGAUCGGUCAAGAGAGGAAGCUUUGAGGACAGUACCUAACCACCUAUAGCUCCGGCUCCUGGGGGCGGCAGCCCUUCCUCCAUCCCAAGAGCAUUAAGUAGUAGCUCAGGUCCAGGAGAAUGGAGAAGGCAUCGCUGAGCCCCGAGCGAGGUGGAACGAACGCGCCUCCCCUUCACUUCAAGACAUUUCGAAUGUGAUUCAAUUUCUUUGGAGAAAACCUGAUAGUUCUGGAUAACUCCCAGUGCCGAAAGGUAUCAGUAAAAAGAUUUAUGGGAAGCAUAGUAGAAUUGGUUUUAGAUUUUUUGUAUGUAAUUUUGUGCAGUUUCAGUGGUUUUUAUUGUUCAUCUGUGGAUACUGCGAGAUGGUUAAUUGCCCGUGUCAAUUUUACUGUCAGAUUUUAACUAGAUUUUCCUUUCUUUUUAAAGUGUUUUUCUAAGAGUUCCUCUUAUUUUUACUGUGAAUGAUUGCCUAGAGUUACAUGGAGGCUUUUGUGAUGGCAUAUUUAAUAUAGGUGAAAUUCUACAUUUUGAGCAUUGGAGGCUUCAUGUUGCAAAACUACUUUAAAUGGGCAAGGCUGUCAGCUCCGUUAGCUUCUGUGGUUUAAAUUGAGCUUUGGUUUGCCAACCACAACGUAAAUUUUUCUGAAAUGGAGAGACUUUCACCUUGUAAAAUAAAAGCAUUAAAGCUGGAUUUGCUACCUGAAAGAUCUGCUGUUUUAGCAAGACUUCAAAGUUUUCUAGGCGCCAGCUGUGUUUUGGAGGGCAGUGAAAGACACAGUGUUAAGUGGUGGACGUGUGAGUAUGGCGAGCAGCCCAGGUAAUGAAUUGAGAGAGACAGACAGACAGAUAUCCUUUCUGCUGCAGUUUCAGGAUGAGUAGCUUUUCUGAGCCUGGAAGGGAGGGGGAAAAGGAUUCAGACUGUCAAGGGCUGGAGAAGCUGCUUGUCUUAGUGCUGUGACUUGUUUUUUAUUUUAUUAUUUUUUUAGACAAUUUUUUGAAUGAAUUUCAACAUAAAAGUAUGUAUUUCUCUUUUAUAGCCACAUUUAAUAUGUACAUCAGGAAACAGUACAGAAAGGUUAGGUGGAGUUUAACCCUUCUAACAGCUCAUGCAAGAAAAACACCAGGUAAAUUGUGAGUUAUUUUUAACAUGGCACACCUGCCUUGGGUUUUUUGUGUUGUUUUUUUUAGCACCUUCCACCAUGCCCAUUCUUUGCUGCUCUUUUAUACCUUGUGAAACUCCAGUGCUAAAAAUGGAACUUUCUAUGCCUGUUGAGGCCAUGACCUUUUAACUGUCCUUAAAUCAAUGUGUAUUUUGUAUGUGUGCUACCAGAAAACAGAAGCACACUGCCAGCACUGUUGCUGGCUCUUAGUUCUGAACUGAGGAGAGCUAUUCUUUCAUAGUUGGACUGCGUUUUUUUUUCCUGAGGACUUCUGUUCAACUAAUUGAGCUUUUACCAGGUAUGUUGUUGGGGGGCUUUUGUUUGUGGGUUUGUUUUUGUUUUUCUCAAUUCCCUUGUGUAAUACUGGGCCCUCAUAACAUAGUUUUGCAGGCAAGGGCUAAAUUGUCUUUUGUUUGUGCAGGGUUUAUAAAAUAACGUGCUGCUGUUGUUAUUUGUUUUAAUAAGCUAAUUUCAGCAAUAUAUGCAGCUCUGGAAGUAAGCCAUACAGUAUCGCUGGGUUCUGUUUCAGAAGAGGAGUGCAUAGGGUGAGGAACGACCAGGAACACUUGCUUCAAGUGCUGCUGUCUAAAGCUUUGUGUGUGCGAUCCAUGUGUUCGGUAACGUGCGUUUCAGAUCUUUAUUAAUUCAGCUGUGUCCGUAGCUAUUGUGUGAGGAGAGAGACCACACAGCACCGCUCAGAGAAUUUAUUGAUGCAUAAUUAACAAGGCCACCUUUGUGGCAGAAAUGUAGAAGUAAUUUCCCCUCCCGAUGUGAUGUGUGUCGAGCAUGGGAAAGCCGGGCCGUGCUCCAGGCAGCCCUCGCUUCUCUGGCCUCUGCUGUCCAGCUGUGACCAGGAGUAGUGAAACAGCUUUUAAAUUGAGAAAGUCAGAGUUUAUCUGUAGUUAUGGAGGGCAAAUCCCAGGAGGCUGGGUUAGAAAAGAAGGGUUUUACCAGCAGACUACGGUGGUACUUUUGCUCAGACCUGGUUGCGGAAAUGUGGUGGGAGGAAAGGUUUCCCCUAGGGAGGGUUGAUCCCAGGGGCUGCUUCUCUUCACUAGCAAGCACAGCUUGAGGUGUCUCCCUUCUCUCCCUUUCUUUGUUACCUCUCUCAACUUUCAGAGGUGCUGUAAAAUUCCUUGAGGCUAAAUGUUUUAUGUAUAAUAGGUAUUUUUAUAGCCUUAUUUUGAAAAUACUGUGAUGAGUGUUUUACUAAGUGGGUGUUCAGUAAAAAGAAUUGUAUACAAGUGUAAAUAAACUGUUAUGCUGAUACUUGAAGAGAAGAAAAUCUGUAGUUGUCUGUUCUAGCUAGGAAGGUACUAACUCAUUGACUGCAUCCGACCCUUUGAGAGCAAGUGCAGACAAGGAAUGUAGAUCUGAAGUGAGUGAUGGGUUCUCCCUGGGGUGUCACCACCUUUCUGGAAAGGCACCGUUAAGACUUGCAGAUUGUCACUGUCUAAAAGCUGCGAAUGUCCCCCUCCAUCCCCCAACAGAACCGUCGCUGACAGGGGGGUGAAAACCCUCCUCCUGACUGUGUGGAUUUGUACCCGUGUUUAUUUUACUGCAUUCUGACUCUUAAGGCACUUCCUAGCUCAGAUGCAGUCUCUCAAAUGGGACUAAACUGUCUUUUCUGACAUUGUUGGCCUUCGUAAUAAUCUUUCAGACAAAUGUAAUCAUUUGACCUUUGAUCCAAGUAAUAAAGAUCAAAUGCCACAA